CGGCUCUAUUCGGCUCCACUCGGCUCUGCUCGCCCCGCCCCGCCCGCGCGGGCUGUCACUGCGGCGGAGUCGCGGCGGCGCCGCCAUCGCGCUCAGAUGCAGGCGAUCAAGUGUGUGGUGGUGGGCGACGGAGCUGUAGGGAAGACCUGCUUGCUGAUCAGUUACACCACGAAUGCCUUUCCUGGAGAGUACAUCCCCACUGUGUUUGAUAACUAUUCUGCCAAUGUCAUGGUAGAUGGAAAGCCAGUGAAUCUAGGCCUCUGGGAUACAGCAGGACAAGAGGAUUAUGACCGACUGCGGCCUCUUUCCUAUCCACAAACAGACGUUUUCUUGAUCUGCUUCUCCCUCGUGAGUCCAGCCUCCUUUGAGAAUGUCAGAGCCAAGUGGUACCCUGAGGUCCGACACCACUGCCCAAACACCCCUAUCAUCUUGGUGGGCACCAAGCUGGACUUAAGGGAUGAUAAGGACACCAUUGAAAGGUUACGUGAUAAGAAACUGGCUCCCAUCACCUACCCCCAAGGUUUGGCUAUGGCUCGGGAGAUUGGCUCGGUAAAGUACCUUGAGUGCUCUGCCCUGACACAGCGGGGCUUGAAGACGGUGUUUGAUGAAGCCAUCCGGGCUGUGCUCUGCCCGCCGCCCGUGAAGAAGCCUGGCAAGAAGUGCACCGUGUUUUGAGGGCUGUGGCCUGGGUGCUGGCUCAGCAUGCUGUUGUCCUCCGACAGAUUGCAUAUUAGCUGGGUGUUUCUGGAGGGGGCUGGGAUGUGUAGGGCCCUUCAUCAUGUACGAAGUCAGUGUUUUUUAAAUGUCUCUUUGAUUUAACGUCAGUGUUGAUGUGAAGGGGCAGUGGGGGCAGGAGACUAGCUGGGGGCUGUACAGCCCUCAGGAAAGUACAAUGGGGAAGGCAAGAUAGCUCCUUGGGGCAACAGGCUGUUUUGGCUCUCCUGAACUCCAAGCUGAAAGGGCUGAGACAUCCAUCCUGUGCUGGAAACACCUGUUUCAUCUGCAGGUGUAACAUGUGCUGAAGAUCCUUGUGGGAGUGGGAAAGAAGCUGCUAUAAGUGGUGGUGAAUGACAAGAGCAGCUGGAAGAGUAGAAGGGUCUCCUUGCCCAGCCUACUGUGGCUAACAGUUAACAAAUUGGUGCUCUAUCAGAUACGUGCCUGAGACUGUUGAAGGAAUCAUUACCAGCCCCAAAAGGGGUCAAAGUAAAUGAAAUGUGAAGCUGAAGAACUAAUUAUUAGGUGCUUAAUUGGAUACUAGCCAAACUCAGUGAGUGAAACAGCCUUGUGCAAUCAAUGUAUUUGCCUUUUUGUGUGCACACCCUAGGACAGCAUGGUGCUGCUCCCCCCAAUCAGUCUUUAGCAGGGCCUCCCCCCACAAUCCAGUCUCUGCAGUGCAGGGCUGAGGUUGUUGCCUCUAUUUUGUUUUUUUCUACUAAAGAGAGCAAAGGAAGCAAUGAGGUGUCUGCUAACUUCUUCUUUCCCUUCCCAAGGAAAAUGCAGGCAGGCUUUAUGGGUUUGGAUGGAACAGGGAAAGCUUCUGAAGGGUUGUGUUUGUAGGGGGGAAUAGGGUUGGAAGAAAGACAGAUCCAAUUUCUAAUCAUCAUGUAGAGUGAUAAGAUAAAACCUUAUUUGGUGCAAUAAACAUUCUCCAUGACAGCA